CCUGACGUACGGGACACAAGUUUGACAGCGAAAAAAUUCAUUGAUUUUUUCGGAAACCAAAAGUGUCCCCAGGAACGAACAAACGACUGCGACGACGACGACGACGCAAACAAAUUUGCGAAAAAAAGUUCCACUUUCACGGCCAACGGUGAAGUGCGCUGCGGUUCCGGGGAGUUCCCACCAUCACCCCACUCCCGGCACUCUGUUUGAGGCUGGCAAACAGUGGUAGCCCCAACAAAGAAAGCCCCUGUUCGUUCCGUGGCCGGCGGUGGUAGAGAUAGGCCAGGCCAAGGCGCAACUUGCAAACUUCUUCCACCUGCGGCCGACACUGCUGUGGACUGCCGCUGCUGCCCCCUCCGUGUAUCAGUAUUCGUGUGUGUGUGUGUGUGCGUCUGUUCCAUUGUGAAUCCUUUCUGUCCCCUGCCCGUUGCUAAACCGAUGCUCCCUCGUGUACAAUGAUCGAUAAGUUGCGACCGAAGGCGACCUUCCUUGUUGAGACACAAACACUAGCCGCAGCAGCAGAAGCAGCAGCAGUAGCGAAAAUGUGUGUGUUGAAGAGAUGAAGUGUUUGCCCGGUAGCAGCAACAGCCAAGCACGGCCUGCACGGGUUGUCGGUGGGGGUAGGGGAGGAAACGACGGGAGCGUACGGAUGUCCAGUGUGUUGGCGCUGGAUCCGCACGGACGACGAUUGCAUUUCACUGGACGAAUUUGGUCGCCCGGGCGGCGGGGGCAAGAUUUCGCUUCGACCGCCGCAGCAGCAGCAGCAGCAACAACCCGCUGACGGCGAUGAUGAUGGCCAACAAUAAUUCCAGUGAUGUGAAAACUGCACCGGGUGACGGUGGUGGUGGUGGUGAUGAUGGAGGAGGAGGUGGUGGCGGUGGUGGUGGCCCUGGCGGUGGCGGCAGUGGUGGUAGUGACAGUGCCGGGGGAGACAACAGUGAGGUGAAUAUCCGGCGCGGGCUGGAUGUGAUACAGAGCAUGAUCGAUAUAUCGGCGGAUCGGCUCGAGGGCUUGCGGACGCAGUGCGCGACGAGCGCUGAGCUGACCCAGCAGGAAAUCCGCACGCUCGAGACGAAGCUGGUGAAGCUAUUUUCCGAUCUGUUGAUUACGAAAUCGAAGCUUCCGGAGCGGCUGCCCGCCCAGGGCCUUCCCGCCACCGGGAACGAACUCAAGCAAUGGCUCAGAGUUGUUGGUCUGAGCUGUGCAUCACUUAAUGCUGUGAUACAACAGGUCAGCACGCUGGAGGGACUGCUGGAGAAGGACGAGAAGGAGCUGCGGACAAUCAUGGGCAACAACGUGUACGUCCGGGAGGAGGAAAUGAAGCGGCUGACGCGCGCCUGCGGCAACCUGCGGCGGUGCCGAGAGCAUCUCGAACUUCCCGCCACCGACGGUAGCGUGAGCCGCAAGGGCACCGAACCGCACGAUCUCUUUUGGGACUCCUGGGACCGCCAGCCGGCCUGCCACCGGACGUCGCCGCGCGUGAACCGCUCGCUGGGCAAGUGCAGCAAGCAGAGUGCCGUCGCUCUCGCCGCUGCCGCCGCCUCAAGCUAUCACCACAGUUCGCAGCAGCGCCACAGCAAUGGACCGGGGAUGCCGGGCGAAGCGAUGGGCUCCACCAGCAACACCAGCCCACAGACGGACGAUGGCGGCGGCUCACUAUCGCUCGCCACAACCCAGCACGUGGAGGGCGCGGCGCUGCUAAACCCACAACACGCCAUCUCGCCCGACGAAGCCUCGACCAGCGGCUGUACUCCCUCGCCAUCGCCACCGAACUCACCCUCCAACGUGCAGCUGCACAACAGGCAGAAUCGACGAGGCUUUCCCACGACACCGCCGCCGAGGAAGAAACACCAGACGGCGCUGCUCUCCUUCGCUUCCGGUGGGGGCGGUGGCGCCUCCUCGUCCGCUUCCUCCGUCUGCUCCCCGGCAACGGCGACGGUUUCAUCGACUGUGGCCAGCACGAACAGCACCACCGUGACGGCAAGUUCGGGCGCCAGUUCCGGCACGGCCGGAGGAUCGGCGACCGACGCGAACACGGCGCUGACAAAGUCAAAGUCCCACGAAUCGCAGUUCGGCAACGGCCAGGGGCAGGGCAAUGGACUGGCGGGCAACAGUGUGGCCAGUGGACCGAACAACAACAACAACAGCAGCCACGCGAACAACAACAAUAGCAUUAACCACAUCAACAACAACAUUCCAUCGACGGUGGUGUCGCUUGGCGAGAGUUCACUGACCACCACCACCAGUGCGGGCAUGCUGAUCGGCAGUGGCGGUGGCUCCGGCACUAACAACGGAGGUACCUUCGUGUCCCAGCAGCAGCAACGGUUGAUGGGCAAUGGGAGCGCGAACCGCAUGGGGACGUUUCCUCGCAGUCGGCUCCACACGGAGCCAACGCUGACCGGCAGCAGUGGUGGUGGUGGUGGUGGUGGCGGUGGAACCAGCAACGUCCUCAGCACCGGUGGUGACCACCAUCACCACCAUCAUCACCAGCAGCAGCAGCAUCAUCAUCACCAUCAGCCACCCCAGUACCAUCAUCACCAUUACCAUCAUCACCUGCAGCAGCAGCAGCAGCAACAGCAGGGAGGAGGCUCAGCGACCAGCGCCGGCAUGCUGUCGGAAACGGGCGGCGAGUACGGCGGUGAUCCGGGCGUGCCGCCGCACCCGACCGGCUACUCGGCCGUCCCUCCCAAGUCGCCCUGCACGCCCAUCAUCACGCGCGGCAUGGGCCACAUGAUACAGCAUCGGUUUACGAAGAAGUUCAAGGUCACCAAGAGCACCUGCGACCUGUGCAACAAGCAGAUGUUCUUCGGCUUCAAGUGUACCGAGUGCAAGUACCGCUGCCACAAGGACUGCAAGUCGAACGUGCCGCCGUCGUGCGGGCUGCCGCAGGAGUUUGUGGACGAGUUCAAGAAGUCGCUCCAGUCGGACACGCUGCUACCGACGAGCGUUUCGCCCAACAUUGGCCGCGGAGGCGGCUCGGCUGGCGGUGGAGGCGGCGGCGGCGGCAUCAUGUACGGUGGGGGUCGCGGUGACGCUGGCAAGCUGAGUGGAGGCAUUGGUCGGGGUCCGAUGCAUGCCAUCCAUGCGUGCGGCGGCGGCCCGGACAGCAGUUCGGCCGGCUCCAGCUGCAACAGCUCGUCUCCCUCCAGCCCGGCGCUGCUUUCGUUGCCACCGCAAACACCCGCCACAUCCAAGUACUCGCAGUUCAACUUCCCCGAGGUGUCGAACAGCAUCGGCGGCAGCGGUGGAGGCGGCAAUGGCGGUUCGCUGAUGAUGAUGAACUACGCCAGCUCGAUGGGCGGCGGUAGCAGCAGUGGCGGAAUAACGAUCGAAACGCACCCGAUCGGGGGUGGGACGGGUGGUGCGGGCGGACUGGGCGGAAGCCUCGGCAGCAGCGGCGUCUACACGAUGGACACGAGCGUCGAGAUACCGAAGCUGCAGUUCUCGGACGAUCAUAGCGUGCCGGGCGGAGGCGAGGACAAGACCGGUUCGGCCAGCGCGACCAGCACCGACUCGUCGUCCGACCGCACCCCGAUACGGCUCGACUCGACCGAGGAGCGUGACCACGAGAGCAGCUGGCCGCGGCAGAACUCGCUCUCGCUGAAGGAGUGGGACAUCCCGUACGACGAUCUGCACCUGAAGGAGAAGAUCGGCAACGGGCGCUUCGGCACCGUGCAUCGGGCGCUCUGGCACGGUGACGUGGCCGUGAAGCUGCUGAAGGAGGACUACGUGGCGGACGAGCGGACGCUGGAAGCGUUCAAGCUCGAGGUGGCCACGUUCAAGAAGACGCGCCACGAAAACGUGGUGCUGUUCAUGGGCGCCUGCAUGAAGCCGCCCCGGCUCGCGAUCGUCACGUCGCUCUGCAAGGGCAACACGCUCUUCACGCACAUCCAUCUGCGCAAGGACAAGUUCAACUUGAACCGCACCACGCUGGUGGCGCAACAGAUCUCGCAGGGCAUGGGCUAUCUGCACGCGCGCGGCAUCGUCCACAAGGACCUGAAGACGAAGAACAUCUUCCUGGAGAACGGCAAGGUGAUCAUCACCGACUUCGGUCUGUUCAGCGCCACCAAGCUGCUGUACUGCGAUCUCGGCCUCGGCAUCCCCGGCGGCUGGCUGUGCUAUCUGGCGCCGGAGCUGAUGCGCAACCUGACGCCGUACCGGCCGAUCGAGGGCGACCUGCCGUUCUCGAAAACGUCCGACAUCUACGCGUUCGGCACCGUCUGGUACGAGCUGCUGUGCGGUGAGUUCCCGUUCAAGUCGCAGCCGGCCGAAUCGAUCAUCUGGCAGGUCGGACGGGGCAUGAAGCAAACGCUGGCCAACCUGCAGGCCUCGAGGGACGUGAAGGACAUACUGAUCCAGUGCUGGAGCCACAAUUCCGAGGACAGGCCCGACUUUGCCAAGCUGCUGACACAGCUCGAGCGGCUGCCGAAGAAGCGGCUCGCCCGCUCGCCCUCCCAUCCGGUGCAGCUGUCCCGGUCGGCGGAAUCGGUAUUCUAGAUCGGACGCAGCCGGUACAAAGGCACGAAGGCCACGCGAUGUGUGCCCAAACACGCGUGCGGCAACAUCUCAGGCCAGUGAACGUCACGCCACGUUCGCUGGUCGCUGCUUCCUUUGAUUUGGUUAGAAUUGUAUCAAAACGGUUACGCAAAGGGACGACCGGAAUGUGUCGCAGAUUAUAAUACAGACAAAACUAAAUAAAUAUAGAGCCACGCAGAGAGCGAAAGACACAGAUCGAGAGAGUGAGAGGAGGAGGCGGAGCAGAUGCAUUACAGUAGGAAAAUCGCAAACGGUUCGAGACUGUCGAAAGAGGCGAAAGAUGAUAGUAGAAUAACAGGUGAGACAACGCAGUUAGAGCAAAUGAAAUGUACUAGAGGACGAGCCAGAGAAAGAGAGAGAGAUAGAGAAAUUGGACGUGAACAGUGACAACAUAAGAACAAAUUAAUCACAUCAUUGGAUCAGAGUUGUAAUCUAAAAUAGCUUCAAAGUUGAAUAAAGUGUGACAAAAAUACUACGAAA